AUGGCCUCUUUCGCAACACCCCUGCCGCAAUCAAGCCGGUCCGAGGUUCUCGAGUGGCGCUUCCCGAAGCCCUACCACCAAUAUGUCCUCACCGGCAAGUCACGGGCUGCAUGGCACACCUCCUUCGUCAUCCCCCAGCUCAACCUGCUCCUAGACGCCGGCCUCGUCGUCAACAACCACCGGCCCAAGCACAUCUUCCUCACACACGGCCAUGCUGACCACUGCUUGCUUAUACCCGCCUUCACCAAGCGCGAGGACCCGCCAGAUGUCUUCUGCCCCGUCGAGAUGAAGAAGGCCCUCGACGACUUCAUCCUGGCCAAGACGCUGCUGAAUCGCGGCGGGCUAUACACGAGCAACGACGCCGAGUCGGUGGGGCUCGAGCUGGACGGGAAGGGCGUGGACGAGGAGGGCCGGACCGAGGGCGAGAGGGCUUUCUUGGGAACCCACAAGACGACGGCCGUCAAGCACGGCGACGUCGUGCCUUUGCGGAGGCUGAAGGGCAUGAAUGCCACCGUCGUCCAGUGCGACCACAACGUCCCCAGCGUGGGCUACGUCUUCACGACGACGACGCACAAGCUGCGGCCCGAGUACACCUCCCUGCCCGGCCCGGAGCUGAAAAGUCUGCGCCAGUCGGGCGUGGAGCUCACGGCCCCCGUCACGACGCCCGUUUUCGCCUUCCUCGGCGACACGACUGCGUCGACGCUGGCCGCCGAUCCGGAGUGGCUGCGGCAGGGGAUACCCGUCGUCAUCACCGAGUGCAGCUUCCUGCACGACGAGCACGACGCGCAGGCGGAGAAGACGAAGCACACCAAGUGGAAGGACCUGGAGAAGGUGGUGCGCAGGUGGCCCAAGACGACGUUCAUCCUGACGCACUUCAGCAUGCGGUACAGCAAUAAGGAUGUGGUGGCCUUCUUCAACGGCUUGGAGGACGCGCCGGCCAACAUUGUGGUCUGGGCGGACGGGCAGCCGGAGUGA